AUGCCGAAGGCACCUUGGAAGGCGCCAGAUGAUAUAUUCGAGGAAUCUUCAGAUGGGCUGCGGGUCCGCUGCAAAAUAUGCCAUGCAGAAGGGAAGGGGCGGGUUGGUGGCUGGAUCAAGCAGCUACCAAUUAUCGGGACCGAGCGCGCGAAGAAGAAGCUGAAGCGCAGCGAUUCAACGCGCCCGUACAUCGCCACUGCAUUCACUGCAUAUGAGCCCCGGACCCACAGUGUUUCGGCGGUGCGCAACGAGGAUCUUGCCAUGUUCCCAUCUCCAAGCGGCGACUUGCACGACGCAAUGCAAAUCGAUGAUUCGGAGCCCGCGUUUGAGCUGCAGCGGCUCAUGGAGGUUCGGGCCGAUGACGUGGCAGCCGAGGCAGCGGCGCAGGCAGAGGAAGAGGCUCUGGCGGGUGAGGACUCGAUUCGGGAGGGCUAUCGACGCCUGUUGACCGCCGCGAUUGCGCGGGGGGAGCUCGGGAUGGAGGAAGAGGAAGAGGGAGAUUUGACAGAUUCCGAUCACGAAGCCUCGGAUGAUGACCCGCUCGAGAGCGAGGAUUCGACUGUCGAUCCUGACGAGGGCAAUAACAACUGCUUUCCCUAUCCGAACAAGACAAUAAUGCUGCUGGAUGUUAUGGACAAUCUCGCUGUCUCGAAUACCAUCGCUUCUGAGCCACAAAAGAUCCGCACGUCUCUCGGAAAUAUCUUCUAUAUCAACGACAUUCGCGCGACAAUUGCGAGGGAUUUUGCAAACCCUGUCGUCGCCCAGCACAUUCACCUCUUUCCCGAGGAUGUCAGCAAAGGGAAGCCAAUUUCCGAAACGUGGCAGGCAGAGCGCUGGAAGGAAUAUGAGCCAACUCAACUCACACCAAUGUUUUCUCGCGGUCAACGGCGUUUCUGGGUCGAUGAGCUGGCGCGGCGACAUGACGGCUCAUUUGUAAUUCCACGCAGUCUCGUGGUCCGGAACGGAGUGCUCAGUACCGAUGCCCAGACGGUGACACGUUCAGUCGACGGGUGCUGGCAUUACAAUGAAAAUGCACAUAUUGAGAGUUUCCCUGUCGAUGAACUCGACUGGGAUUUCACGUUGGUGAUCGAGAUGCUGGCGGCAGAGGGAGAUGGUGCUCUCCGUUGGUCAUCGGCGUCCAGUCCAGCUCCGCCGAUGCCCAAUCCUCUCCGCGCCAAGGUUGCCGAAGAUGAGGAUCUGGUCGUUGUCAUGGCCGAUAUCUUCCAGGACAACACUUCUGGCAACGUCUCGAAGCAGUGGGACAAGCACCUAGUGACUUGCGUUCGCAAUGGAAAUCUUCCGGGGCGACUGCUGCAACAGGAAUUCAAUGUCAAAUUUGUAUCGAGUUCCCAGCAUGCAUCGUGUGCCGAGCAGUUUGCUGCAAUCCGGGAUAUUGUCAAAGCAACUGAAGACGAUCCGAUUCACUGCUACAAUGUUCACAUUCGGAAGAAGACAGUGGUUAUUCUUCGCCCGCCAAGUCUCCCCGGCGACAACCCCCAACAGUCCGAAGAAUCAAGCCACAUUGGCUGCAACGGCAACUAUCCGUGUCGUAAAUGCAAUUGGGGCGGGAGCACAAUCGAGAAGACAUCCGAGGACCGGUGCAAACACGUCCAACGUCUUGAAAACCAGUUGGCGCUUGCUGUGCAGGGCGACUUAAAGUCCAUCAAAGAGCAGCAGACCAGCACCGGCACCAAGGACAAGCUGACCCAGCUCUGGAUUGAUCGUACACUUGCAGAGACACCCCCCGUUGAGGUGCUGCAUACGGUGCUGCUUGGCGUUAUGAAGUACAUCUGGCACUUCAUGAACACCAAACAGUGGUCCGAGUCCGACCGUUGCUUGCUUGCAAUCCGAUUGCAGUCGACAGACAUUUCGGGCCUCACAAUUCCGCCAAUCCGCGCCGCCUACAUCAUCCAGUAUCGCAACAGCUUGAUUGGCAAGCAUUUCAAGACGUUGAUGCAGACACUUGCGUUUGCUGUACACGACAUCUGCUCACCAGAGCAAUUUGGUCUCAUCAAAGCAGCGGGUGACCUCGGGGCGCGUCUCUGGAUUCCAGAGAUUGAUGACAUGGACAUCUAUCUCGCCGACCUGAAGAUCGCCAUCGCAAAUCUGUUAGAUGCAUUUGAUGCUGUCGAUCCACUCCGAAUCCUUGUCAAAAUCAAAUUGCAUCUCCUGGCGCACCUUCCUGACAAUAUCCGCCGCUUGCUCUGUCCGGAGAGCAACCGUCUCUCACCAAGUCGUGAUAUUGCCACAAAAUUUGCAUCAAUCGAGCGUGUCCGGCAUGUGUUAUGUGGCGGGACAUGGUAUGAUGCAAGACGAAAUGUUUGGGUACAUGCUGGCAAUGCUGUUCUGCGUCUCCUCCAUGAUGACCCAGUGUUCCAACGUCAUCUUGGCUGGGCUCCUCCGAAGCCUAUCCAACCUGGGCAAACUCGUUUAUCAUCGGAGAAGAAGCAGCCACCGGUGAUGUGGUCACAGACCAAGUCUUGCUUACACUGGCGCGUGAAUCUCGGAGAUGAGCCAGUCGCCAAUAGCCAAUGGCGGUUUGCACUCACCAUUAUUGCCAAGAACGGUGAUGUUAUCCGCUCGGGCAGCUGGGUCUAUGCGUCAAAUGCGUUCGGGAAGCCCAUUCUCGGUCGUGUUGUGGAGAUCCUUGUGGGGGCAAUGACCGUUGUUGGCAUCGAACAGUUUGUCUGCACUGAACAAUUGCAUGCCGAUCUUGGUUGGCCAGUUAUCAGGCGGCCACGGGGCGAGGACAUCACCCGAGAUGGCAUUGACAUGACUGCCGACAAGGGAGAUGCAAACCAGUGGUGUUGGGAAGAGAACGACAGGAACGCGAGGAAACGACUCGAGAGAAGCUGUUGGUUCGGCACACAGAUGAUGAAUAUUUUAUUCUCAAUUUGGCGGGCCUAUACAACUUUAUGGAGCUUCGCCGCAUUUUUACCUGCACAUUUUACUCACCUCAAGCCACUGCACGAAGAUCGCUGGAGCUUUCACAACGAGACCGCUGCCAAAGCCAAGCAGCUUCGAAUGACAAAUCGCGAUAAAGCCGCAGAGAAGCGACGAGCAAAAGCAGCUGAGAAAAAGAAGCAAGCUGAGCAGGCUGCCGCAGAGGCUGAUGCUGAGGUAGAGGCAGCCGAGAAAGGGUCGGGUGAGGAUAUCUUCGACCUUGUGGACCCAGAUGAGGUUCCCGAGCUGGUACCUGAGGGUGAAAGUGAUGUUGAGGAAGAGGAAGUGCCGUUUGUUGAUGACAUGGAAGACAGAGACUAUUCACCUGUUAAGCGGCAGCAGAUACAAGGGACAGCUACAGCUCCCCGGAGGAGUGCUCGGGUACCUGUAGAACGGACACGUACUUAUUAA